AUGGCGGCCGCUACAGAGCCUGCCCUCAGAGCUUAUAAACGAGACAUGAGCGAUGGGGCCAUUGCUGGAACCGUCGUUGGUGUUGUCGUCGCCGUCGCACUAUUAGCCUUUUGCCUCUAUCCCGUUGUCAUUCACCAAAUCAAACGCCGAAGGCGAGCACAACGGCCCAAGUUCGAUGCCGAAGCAGGGCUUUUCCCACAGCCUGGCACCGGCCCGGUGCAGCAUCAGAAUUUACAUCGUCGCCUGUCAUCGACAGACUCGUUCAAGCAAAAUGGGGAUGUUGCGCGCGGGGACUUUGGCGCCCUUCAGAACAAGGAGUUUGGCUGGCCGUCUUAUAAUGGCCAUGUGACGCAGCCGGAUGGGAAUUUUGGCCCGUCGAGACAGUUUUCUGCGCAAACAGGUGAUGGUUCCCGGCAAGAACAGAGCCAUUACACCGGCAACAACUUUUCAAACGACGAGCCAUUCCCAUAUUAUUUUGAAAACACCCCUGCGGCAACGGCACACGAUGAUAAUCCAGGGGUUCUCAAGGGAACCAGUGCUGAUUAUUACAGCCCGUCAAUCCCUUCAUCGGCGUUUGGCAUGAUCACCACCCCAGAGCCUGCCGACGAACCACCUCCGACAUUAUCGCGUGGCAGCUCUUUGAAGCACCAUAUAAAGCACAUGUUUCGCCAGCAGAGCGGCCGCGAAAACUCUCUUGCGUCGGUGCUGUCCAGCAACGACAAAGCCACCGCGUCGCAGGUACCUCCAGGGACGGAGCUUGGCCAAAUACUCACGACAGGCCGUGCAACCGACUCUCCAACCGAGCUUUCGCCCACCAAGACAUCAAUGCCACCACCCUAUGUUCCCGGAGUGACGGAACCACCAGAGACGAAGGAAUCAUCAGCGUCUCCUCCACAAUUAACGAUUCAGACCCCACCCCAAUCACCACCACCGCCGGCGGAACGAGCGUUCCAGGCGUCGCCUUCACCGCCGACCUUUCCCGCUCCUGGCACUGUGAAUCCCAUGGAUAUCAUGCCUGCGUCAACAGAGUCAGAAGUAUGGCACAGAACCGAGCAUCGAUUGCAUACCUCAUACGGGUCCUCUCCAGGGCUUUCGUCUACCGGUGACCCUGCUGAGCAAGAGCAUUUCUCGACCUUGGCAUUUACACCUUUGCCCACGUCCGCCCUAUCUCCUUCGGAUGCUGCUAAUGCCGCCCGGCCAGCUACUCCGACGAAUCAGAACGCUGUUCAGGGGUUGCAGGCAAUGGAUGAAAAUGAUGUGCCAAUGGUUGACGUGCAUAGCCACGAUCACCUGAGCCCGUCCAUGAUCCCGGACAAUGGCCGACAUCAGAGUUGUACCUCGGACGGAUCAACUCAAUACCACGGGCCGCACUCGACCGGGCCAUCCACCGAAAAUACCCCUUCGACACAGUUCGACAGCCCUUCUCCAGGUUCAAUGAAUAGCUCUGAAAUCCGCAACAGUGCUUCCCCGCAACCCGGACAAGCAUCUCCAAGAACAGGGCUAUUUCGAUGUGACGAGCCUGGUUGCAGUCAAGUGUUUGACCAGCCACACAAGCUCAAACAUCACCAGCGCUAUCACAUCAAAGAACACAAAUGCCCUUACAAAAACUGUGGCAAGGGCUUUGGAACUAAGACGCACUUACAACGGCAUAUAAAUGACCGCCAUGAGAAGAAGAAGAAAUUCCACUGUGCGUUUCCAGAGUGCGAUUAUUCCAAGGCCGGGGGCAAAGCAUUCCCUCGCAAGGAUAACUGGAAGCGGCAUAUGACCAAAAUUCAUAACAUGGAUCAGCAACAUCUCCCAGAACCCAUCGAAGUUGAUCUGGACAUGGGCGGCACAUGA